AAAUUUCUUCGGUCUCCAUCUUUUUUUCUGUUGUUCACAUUGAAUUUUCUCUCUUUCGUGUAAGCUCCUUAAUUCCUCCAUUAAAUGAAUUCUAUCUUCAUCUUCCAAGUUCUGGAGAUUGUAGUUCGUUCUCUCUUCUUCUCUUCGAUGUUUUCUCGUUGAAUUCAUCAUCCCCUUUUGAAGGCUUCUUCAAUUCCACCGGUUUUCGACGAUCUCUGGUUUGAUUCUGCGAGGUAGUGUGAGGUUUUGCUACAAUUUCAGUCGAAUUUCGUGGGGGGAUUUGCUUUGAAGAUUUGAACUCGGUAUUGAAUUGCUAGGUUUUUGUUUAACUGUUCUGUUUGAUUGAUUGAUUGAUUUUUGAAUUGGAAAUGGCUGUUUAUUGAAGAAGUUGGAAUUGGGAAGUGUUGAAACUAUCUCUGAUUUUGCUGAAAUUUUGAUAGAUUGUUCUGUUUAUGAACGAUAUGCUUUGCAGUCGAUUUGUGGAUUGUUUGGUUGCUGGUUUUGUGGUGGUAUUGUUGAGUAGUAGUAAUGGUUUUACCUCUGCUACUGAGACUGAUUUGUCUUGUUUGAGGAGCAUAAAGAAAUCGCUUCAGGAUCCUAAUAAUUACUUGAUGUCAUGGGAUUUUAGCAACCGUUCUGAGGGGGUUAUCUGCAAAUUUUCUGGGAUUAUGUGUUGGCAUCCUGAUGAGAAUAGGGUUUUAAGUAUUUCUCUGUCUGAUAUGGGGCUUACGGGCCAAUUCCCUCCUGGGAUUAAGAAUUGCACUAGUUUAACUGGCUUGGACCUCUCUAACAACCAGAUUUCGGGUCAGAUUCCUACCGAUAUCGGAACCAUUAUUAAGUUUGCUACCACUUUGGAUCUUUCAUCCAAUGAUUUAACUGGUCCCAUACCUGAAAGCAUUGCUAAUUGUAGUUAUCUGAAUGUUCUAAACCUGGAUCACAACCAGUUAACUGGGCAGAUCCCUCCGGAGCUUGGCUUGCUCGGUCGGUUGACGAAGUUUAGUGUUGCUAAUAAUCUUUUGACUGGUCCAGUUCCUCAGUUUGGUGGUAAUCUGACAAAUAAGGCUGAAAUGUAUGCAAAUAAUCCUGGACUCUGUGGAGGUCCUUCUAUGAAUCCUUGCCCGUCGCCUUCGAAUAGGCCUCAUACUUCAGUAAUUGCGGGAGCAGCUGUUGGUGGUGUUACGGUUGCUGCAGUUGGUGUAGGUAUUGGUAUGUUUUUCUAUUUCCGUAGCGCCUCGAUGAAGAAGAGGAGGAGGGAUGACGACCCGGAAGGAAAUAAGUGGGCAAGAAACAUAAAGGGAUCAAAAGGAAUCAAGAUUUCUGUUAUUGAGAACUCAGUGCCAAAAAUGAACUUAAGUGACCUCAUGAAAGCUACAAACAACUUCAGCAAAAGCAACAUUAUUGGGUCUGGGAGAACUGGAUGCAUAUACAGAGCAGUCUUUGAGGAUGGAUCUUCAUUAAUGGUUAAGAGGUUGCAAGAAUCGCAGCGCUCCGAAAAGGAGUUCUUAUCCGAGAUGGCUACCUUAGGCAGCGUAAAACACGCCAACUUGGUUCCACUUUUAGGCUUCUGUAUGGCUAAAAAAGAGAAACUUUUGGUCUAUAAGGAUAUGCCGAAUGGAACUCUCCAUGAUCAGCUACAUCCCGAGGAUGGCGAUCGAAAACCAAUGGAAUGGUCUUUAAGGUUGAAAAUUGGGAUAAGGGCAGCCAAAGGAUUGGCUUGGCUUCAUCACAACUGCAAUCCGCGGAUCAUUCACCGAAACAUAAGCUCGAAAUGUAUCUUGUUGGACGAAACAUUCGAACCGAAAAUAUCUGAUUUUGGUCUUGCAAGGCUCAUGAAUCCAAUUGAUACUCAUCUAAGUACUUUUGUGAAUGGGGAGUUUGGAGAUAUAGGCUAUGUGGCUCCUGAGUAUUCCCGAACCCUAGUCGCAACUCCAAAAGGCGAUGUUUACAGUUUCGGAGUUGUUCUUCUCGAGCUGGUGACAGGGGAGAGACCAACACAUGUCUCAAAAGCAUCUGAGGAUUUCAAAGGAAAUUUAGUCGAAUGGGUUACGAAGUUGUAUGAAAACUCCAAACAGCAGGAAGCACUCGAUGACACCUUGGUCGACAAGAACGUCGACAGUGAGCUCUUACAGUUUCUCAAAGUUGCAUGGAGCUGCGUCGUGCCAACUGCAAAGGAAAGGCCUACCAUGUUCGAAGUAUAUCAGCUUCUAAGAGCCAUUGGGGAAGGGUACAACUUCACAAGCGACGACGAGAUAACGAUGCCUACCAACACCGAAACCGACGCUGGCCUUGAGGAACUCAUAGUCGCUCGUUGAAUAUAGGAAACUUUACACGAAAGGUACUACAAUUAGGCAGAGAUGAUGACUAUGACGACGACGAUGAUGAUGCAACCAAAUGUUGUAUAUUCCUGUUUUCUAGUAUUAUCAUGGAAUAUAAACCAAUACAAGCAUUUCGUGACGUAUAUGUUAUUAUUAAUCUCGACGUUUAUUUUCGUAUAA